AUGUCAAAGAAACCUGAGAGAAGAGCAGCUGUUCUGGAUGAAACAACUCGCAAAAGAAACGUUGAGCGUCAUUUGAAUGAACUUGAACGCGACAAUUACGCAGAAGUUCCAGGCUUAGAAAUAACUGGAACCUUAUCCAAACCACGAAGAACUUCAGAAGUUGAUUUGAAUCAAAAUGGUCAAAAAAAGAAGGCACGGACCAAAAAAGAACUUAUUAAACAGUUGUGCGUGAAGAAAACCCUAAAUUUGUUACUGGAAGAAUCGCGAAUUGAAUUACUUCCCCCCGAUACACCGACUUAUUUGUCAUCAGCAGCGGCUCCUUCUAGGUAUCCUCCACCAUUAAGUGCAAAGAAACCCACGAAGAAACAAGGUCUUUAUAAUAAUUCUUGA